UUAAGAUCGAUCAUCAUCAGAACGUAAGAUUGCAAUUAUUCUACCAGUAUCAAGAAUAAAUCUUCGAUCGCAGUUUGUGUUGAUUUCUCGCAAAAGACUUACAAAACUGUCAUGAACACUGCGCAUAGUUCGAAAUGUUCGACGAAGUGUAAACUGUACAGUGACUCCAAAGAAAAACUGUUUUUAUGCAAUGUCACAGCGUGACAGGAAAGUGUAAUACAUAAAGUUGUCGAAGAAACCGGUCUAAUGAUCUUGUUGUUCACGAAAGUUUACAUUGUGGUGGAAUAGACAGACCAAGAAAGUGUACCUAUCAGUUGAAUUAAUAGUAAGUCAGCUAUUGAUUCAAAGAAGAAGGAAUCUGUGGUAUCAAAAUGAUUGCGGAAGAAACUAAGAAAGUUCCUCCAAAUGGAAAAUGGGGUUGGAUGAUUGUUUUAGCAUAUGCUUUAAACGGGAUCUCAACCGGAUCCCUUCUGCACGGGUUCGGAUUAGUAUUCAAGGACACAUUUCCCCUUUUCGGUUUCAAUGCGACACAGGCGGCAAUUAUUAUAAAUACAAAUUUAGCUUCUGGCAUGAUACUCGGCUUAAUUAACGGGCCUCUAUUACGCACCCUUGGAUACAGAAAAGCGGCUUUGAUCGCUAGUUUAUUGUAUACCACUGGUAUAAUUGUAACAGCGUUCAGCAGAUCUUUCAUUCUAAUUCUAAUAUUCUACGGUUUAUUUACCUCACUCGGCAUGUGGCUGUCAAUGUCCGCCUUUUCGUUCGCUCUAAAUUCAUAUUUUACAACGAAGAGAGGGCGCGCCUUAUCUUUAGCGUUAACAAUUGUUGGACUUGGUCCUAUAAUAUUACCACAACUAACAACGAUUUCACUCUCUUACUACGGAUUUCAGGAAACUAAUUAUGCAAUCACCUUUAGAGUUUCUUACUUCCUCGACGAGUUAUUACGAUCUUCCAUGUUACCUGCAUUUACUCUACAAAUUAUUUUUCACAAUAAAAUUACAAAAGUGGAUUCUAAUUUACUGAAUUCUAAUGACAUAAAAUUAAUUUUAGUUGAGAAAGGUAUCUCACAAGAGGAUGAAUGCUCGAUGAAUUCAACUUUGGAUAUAAACAACCUCCCUAGGAAGAGAAAAGCUAUUAUUUCAACUAUUGACUAUGAUGCUGAAAUGGGAAGCAUAUAUGGAUUCGACGUACCUUACGCGCGACAAUAUUCGAACUCGAUAAGUGUUUCUUUAGGAGAGAAGACUAGAAGCCAGCUACGUCUUAAUCGGAAAUUUGAAAGUGUGGACACAGUCAACCUUGGCAGCAGCGUUAAAAUUUUUGACGAGAAACCAUAUGCUCCAAUAAAAUGUAGCAAUUUGAAUCUUUCAAAUGGAAGUAAUCGUAAUUUGCCGGAGAUGGUGGAAAACGAGACCUUAAUAGACAAUGAGAAAACUGCACUGAACAUAGAGUCCANCAAGUCCGAAGAGAAGUCAUUCGCAAAAGAAAUAUUUGACAAAGUGGUCCAAUUUUUCGAUCUGAAUUUAUUGCGAGACCCGAUCUUUGUGAAUAUUAUGGCAGGCAUGUCGGCGGCCAUCUUUGCCGAGGCAAAUUUUUCUACAUUGACACCGUUCAUUUUAACGGAUAUGAAAUUAACGACCAAGGAAAUUUCGACCGUUCUUAGUAUCAUUGCUGCCAUGGAUUUACUUUUCCGAAGUCUUGCUCCAUUUCUUGGAGAAUGGCUGCACCAGCCACCAAGAAUUAUGUACAUGAUAAGUUUGGUCCUUUUAAUUAUUACUAGAUCAUCUCUAAUAUUCGCCAAUGGGUUUACAUCGAUGAUACCCGUCGCUGUCGGAUUAGGUGCUGCCAAAGGAAUUCGUUCGAUCUAUAUGUCUCUGGUGAUACCCCACUACGUUCCCAUCAACAGGUUACCUAGCGCAAAUGGGAUUCAAAUGAUCGUGAAUGGUAUCAUGUUUUUAAUUGCUGGCCCUAUCCUAGGAAUAAUCCGCGACAGCGCCGGAUAUUACGCGCCCUGCAUAGUGAUGAUGAAUUUCAUCACUGCAUUGACUGUCGUAAUAUGGUCCGUGGAGAUGAUCAUCGUAAGGAGAAGAAGGCUUCGAUUAAAAGAAAAGGAACAUGACAACUCCUAUAUAUAAUAGUAUAUGUGCACAAUUGUAAUUAUAGAUUUUAUGUACAGGGUGCUCAGUAAGGUUGGGAUCAAACUUAUAAGUUAUCUUAUCGACAAGCAUAGCUUUAUUAAAAAUUGGACUGGCCUGAUUUUGCACUAAAAUUUUCUAUUGUACAUCUUUAAGUAUAAUAUAGGUAUUAGUCGAUCUUAGGAAAUCAUUGCUACACUGCCACCAAACUGCAAUGCGUUCCUAUACACGACAUUGUUCGAUAAUUUCUGCGUAUGAUUGUUAAUGUCUUUUUCAGUAAGACAUCAUGUGGAAAGUUAUUCGUUUUAUGUAUGCAAAUAUAUUAUAUUUAUGCAUUUUAGUAAAACAAACAAACAUAAGAAUCCAAGCACAUUGACCGACCUGCAGUAUUAUUUUUCCCAUAACAAUAAUUGUUGCAAAAUAAUCUAGCAGACAAUAAUAAGAUCAAAUUAUAUUUAAUUUAUGUUCUCAUAUGCUCAUUUUUAGUUAUAAAUAGUAAUUGUAUGCUUUUAGAUCUAAUAUGUGUGCAUUUGUCAUUAAAGAUCACUAAUAUACAGCAAAAUGUUCCUGAAUAUAAGUAUAAGAUAAUUUUCGUAAGAAUUCAACUCUAACUAUAGCAUAUAAUCAUGAGAUUGUAUUAGAUCUACCGAAGAGUUCUGUCCGACAAUAUCAUGUCAAGUUUCAAUACGUAUGCAGUAUUUGAGGCAUAUAUAUUUCAAAAAUGAUAUUGACAAAUUGUCAUCACGCUAGGAAGAGUUCGUAAGCAAACACGGAAAUAAUAUUGUACAAUAAAUAUUAUUAGAUAUAUGGAAAAUUGAUUACUUUCUUUCACCUCGCAAACGGACAGAACUUUCCGACAGGCUUAAUAUUUUUAAUGAAGAUUGAAGAUAAACAGUUCCUCUUGAUCAAAGUCUGUUUUUGAAUACACACUGCAUGAAUGACGAUAAUAUGUGAUAAAUAAAUUGCAGAAAUAAAUACGCAUCUUCGUAAACAUAUUCAAACAACUGUUAUAAUAAUAUUAAGAAAUGUACUAUGCAAUUUGUUUAAACAGUUUUGUACAGUAUAAAUGCAAAUAAAGUUGUACUCAAUAUCCAAAAAAUAUAAAUCUCUGCAGAUGAAA